UCAGUGACAGCCUUGCGAGAUGGAGCUGGAAGGGAGCUCUUUAGUUCUGGGCAUUGACGUGGGCACGAGUUCAGUGAAGGCCGUGUUACUGGAGCCUGAUGCCAGGGAGGUGCUGCACCAAGAGACCCGGGACACGAGGGCAGGGCUGGAGAGUGAGUGUGGAGCCCAGGGAAAAGAACAAGACGUCUGCCAGAUAAUAAGGGCCCUAAAUGAUUGCCUGGCGGCUCUGCCCAGGGAGAGGCUGCGGAAAGUUUCACGAAUCGGGGUGUCUGGACAAAUGCAUGGAGUCUUAUUCUGGAGAACAAGCCAAGCGUGUCAUUGGAUCAACAGCGAAAACCUCAGGGUCUUUGAGCCAAAAGAAGUCAGUCGACUUGUCACCUGGGAAGAUGGACGCUGUACUACAGACUUCUUAUCCUCGUUACCUCAGCCGCAGUCCCAUCUUAAUCUGGCCUCAGGCUUUGGCUGCGCUUCUAUAUUCUGGUAUUUAAAGCACAGGCCUGAAUUCCUUCAGCAAUAUGAUGCCGCCGGUACAAUCCAGGACUAUGUUGUCUCCAUGCUGUGUGGACUCCAGAAACCUCUGAUGUCUGUGCAGAAUGCUGCUAGCUGGGGGUAUUUUAAUACCAGGACCAAAACCUGGAACACAGAUAUAUUAAGAGAAUUUGGUUUUCCUGUACAUCUUCUACCUAAUGUUUUGGAUGCUGGAUGUCUAGCAGGGAAGACUUCGUAUGAGUGGUGCGGAAUACCACAGGGGACAGAAGUUGGUGUUGCCUUGGGAGAUUUCCAGUGUUCAGUCUAUAGUUCAUUGACUGAAAGCACAGAUGCAGUCCUGAAUAUUAGCACUUCUGCUCAACUGACCUUCUUUAUGCCGGAGGGAUUCCAGCCUGAAGACCACCCUAGUCCUGCAGAAGCUGUGACAUACUUUCCUUACUUCAAGGAUCGGUAUUUGGCAGUUGCUGCUUCUCUGAAUGGAGGGAAUGUUUUUGCAUCCUUUGUCACAACUUUGGCUCAAUGGACGGCAGAGCUAGGUCUUGAAAUUUCUGAUUCCGAUAUCUACUCGAGGGCGAUUAAUGCUGCUUUGUCUGUACAUGACACCCAUCUUACCAUUAGUCCUACACUAUUUGGGGAGAGGCAUGCUCCGGACAGCCGCGCUUCAGUUUCAAGCCUGACUCCAGCUAAUCUGUCACUGGGUCAUGUGACCAGAGCACUGUGUCGCGGCAUUAUUGAGAACAUUUAUUCCAUGCUGCCGUCACAUCGUCUGAAAGAGUCUGGGAUUCAGCAAAUCGUUGGGAGUGGAGGCGCGCUGGCAAGGAAUGCUAUCUUAAAGCAGGAGGUGGAGAGAGUCUUCCCUUUCCCUGUAGUCUAUGGAAAGGAUGUUGAUUCUGCUGUAGGGGCAGCUAUGGUGAUGAUUUAGCAGUAGAUAUCCGUAAACAUAGUGCAAAUCUGUGAUCAUAUUCAGCAAAUCAAGCAGAGCCGCAUUGACACUGAUUGCUUGCAGGAGCCUGUUAAUAAUUGUCAAAGGAAAUGUGCAAUAUUUGCCUUUAUAACAUCCUAUUUCUGGCUGUCUGCUGUGCUUUGUAUUGUAUAUUAUCAUGCAUUUUGUAGAAUACCGUAGUUAAAUUUAAAUGAUAAUUAAAGUUGAAAUAUUUUC